AUGAAAAAACAUGUCAGGAGUGGUGAAAUGAUGAGAUAUUCAAAGAAUAGUCAAUCAGUUAUACUGUUACUAUUCGGAAGUAAAGGAUUAAGAGUAUGUUCGGUGAUUGUUGCAUUCUUUUUGUUGCAAUCGAUGAGUGUAGUUAAUGUAGCUGCCUAUACAACAUUGAUUGCUUCACUGCUGUUUGCUGCAAACGAAAAGUUGUGGUUAUCGAUUCCACAAUUGAAAUCAACACAACUCACUCAGAUUGCUUUGUUUUCCGCUCUCUAUACUGUUGUUGCAUUACUAUGGAAUACAGGUUUAAAAUAUAUUGGUCCAUUAGGUACAAUACUAUUGACAGAUUAUACAUUUGAAACAUAUCCAGUGUUAUUUAAUAAUAUACAAAGUGGAAACUUCAUUGGUAAUGAUAUUGGAAGAGCAACUUUAAUGUUGAUCAUUGGAUAUAUUACGAUUCCAUUGUUUGGUAGUGUAGCUACUGAAAAUGGACUACCAUUGAUAGGUUAUCAAUUGCCAUUGUUUGGAGGAUUGUGUUUGUUUAUUUAUUCACUUUUGGGAUACAAGAGCGGAAUGAUCUACAAGUGGCAUCACAGUGGAUCACUCGAUAAUAGCGGAUCAUCGACCAUCGGUGCAAGACAAUCGCCUUGGAAAUCAAAGAUCUACGUUCUCGGUCUACUCGGUUCCUCUGUAAUACUAUUUUCAUUGAAACUUUUGGAAUACCUAAUAUCGACACCAUCCAUCUAUAAUAAUAUCAAUAGUUUAGCUUUUAUUCCAACAUUUUAUCAAUUCAUUCAAUUGUUAUUUAUUUCAUUAUUUGGUAUAUUCUUGAAUCAUCAUUUCGACACUGUCAUCGAACAACAAUUGGGAUUCCUAAUUUUCAGUAAGGCAUCACUUACCGCCUCCUUUAUUCUCUGUAUUUUAAUUGGAUUGUUUUAUGGAUUCUCAACUUUAUUCACUCCAUUCAUUAUUGGUAGUUUUAUUUUGAUUAUAACUGGUAUGGAAAACAAUAUUAAUAAUACUAUUCAUAUAUUAUUCUCGAAAUCAGGUGGAGCAGGUGGAUAUAUGGAUCAAGUUGGUGGAAUCAUUGGAUCUAUGCCAAUGGUAGGUGCAAUCGGUGGAACUGGGCUGACUUCAGCUGGUGCCGCCAAUAUAAUGAAGGAUAUCGUUAAGCAGAUCAUUGAGAAGCCAACGAGUCGUCGUAUCUUUACAUUCUUGGUAGUCAAUCUAAUGUUUAUGUUUGUCGAGAUGGCAUAUGGUAUCUGGACCAACAGUUUGGGUUUGAUUACCGAUGCCUGUCAUAUGUUGUUCGAUGCCACCGCUUUGUUUAUCGCUCUGGUGGCAGAGGUCAUUUCACAAUGGAAACCGACGGAAUCAUUCUCCUACGGUUACGGUAGAGUUCAGAUUCUAUCAGGUUUCGUCAAUGGUAUCUUCCUUAUUUUUAUUGCAAUUACAAUUCUAAUGGAAUCAAUUGAAAGACUUAUGGAACCACCUGAAAUUAAUACCGAUAAAUUAUUGUUGGUAUCUGUAUUGGGAUUCUUGGUGAAUAUGGUUGGUGUAUUUUCAUUCCAUGGUGAUCAUGGACACUCUCAUGGAGGUGGUGGCGGUGGUCAUUCUCAUGGUCACCACGGUCAUUCACAUGGCGGUAGUGCACACGAUGAGCCAAAUCAACCAAAGAAGCGUAGUGUCAAUAUCGAUGGUGUAUUCCUUCAUCUUCUUGCCGAUACUCUUGGAAGUGUUGGUGUCAUUGUAUCGUCGCUCAUCAUUCAGAUCUGGGGAUAUACUCUUGCCGAUCCAAUCUGUUCGCUCUGCAUCAGUAUCCUCAUUUUCCUGAGUGUCAUCCCAUUGAUUACCAACACUGCAAAGACUCUUCUACAAUGCACACCCGAACCAAUUCAUGAAAAUAUUAAUCAAAUCAUUGGACAAAUUACAAACAUUACUGGCGUAAUAGGAUACACAGAUUUCCAUUUCUGGAGUCACAGUGAAGAGAUUGUUGUCGGAACUAUUAAAGUAAUUGCUGAUCCAGCAGCUAGCGAAAAGAAAUUACGUAAAUCAAUUGCCGCUGUAUUAAAAGAAAAUAAGGUUACCAGUCCAACUAUUGAAAUCAUUAAAAAUAAGCAAAGUUUGACUGAAUCUACUUAA